GUACCAACUAUAAGGGAAUUACUACCAAUGGCAGAACACAGAAUGUGUGUUAGACACAUUUGGUCUAAAUGGUUCAAGAACUGGAGAGGUGAAGAAAGGAGGAAACAAUUCUGGAGAUGUGCCAAAGCAUCUUAUGAAGUAAAAUUCAAGGAAGAACUGGAAGUAAUGAAUAAGCUUGGUUAUAAGAUAUGUGAAGACUUGUUGAAGUAUGAUAAAGAGUAUUGGUGUAGGGCAUACUUUAGAGAAGAUUCAAAGUGUGAUGUCAUUGAGAAUAACAUGUGUGAAAACUUCAAUUCUUGGAUAGUAGGUCCUAGGCACAAGUCUGUUAUAACUAUGUUGGAAGAAAUUAGACAUAAAAUCAUGAAUAGGACCAUUGAAAUGGGGAGGUUUGCUGAGACUUGGGUUACUGACAUUGCACCAAUGGCUAGGAUGAUACCGGAAGAGAACAAAGCCCUUUCUAGGAGGUGUAAGGUUAUGUGGAAUGCAGAACAUGGGUUUGAAGUUGAUGAAGGUGUGUACAGAUUUAUUGUUGAUUAUAGAACCAUGACAUAUACUUGUAGAUCAUGGAUGUUGAGGGGCAUUCCAUGUCAACAUGCAGUAUGUGCAUUCUAUGAUAGAGAAAUGGACCCAAUGAUUAUGUUGCCCACUGGUAUAGGAAGGAAACUUUUCUUAAAGCUUACCAGCAUUUCAUUCAACCAAUUCCCAAAAUGAAGAUGUGGUCGGAUUCAACAAAUCCAUCCAUAGAGCCUCCUGAACCUAAACAUAUGCCAGGUAGACCAAAGAGAUGUAGGAGAAAAGCCAAAGAUGAACCAAGAAAAAAGUAUGGUAAACUAUCAAAGAAAGGGGUAAAGAUGACUUGUUCAAACUGCCAACAAACAGGACACAACAAAUUUGGAUGCAUGAAAGGGCAUGUUCCAAGAAGUGCUACUCAACAAAGUCAAAAUAUGCCACCACCUCCACCAAAAUCAUCUCAGGAAAUACCAUCUCAACAAAGCAAUCCAUCCUCUAUAUGUGAGGAUACAAGUGUUGUCAAAAGACAAAGCAACAACCAAUCAAUUGGGAUUGGUAGAGGAAGAGGAAGAGGAAGAGGCCAUAGACUAUGUAGGGGAAAAGGAAGAGGAACUACACUAGGAGGAGGCUCGGCUAAUGAAGCAACCAUUGGACAUAAAAGGCCAAUGCAUACUGAUUUUGGGAUUUUCACUGACACUAUGACUGGAACUACUAUCCUGAAUCCUGGUAUAUCAGCUGGGACAUUCAAGGAUAUAUCUGCAACUAACAUAGACAUUGGAUUUAAGCUCCCCAUAUUGAAGUAUAAAGGAAGAAAUGCAAUGACAAGGUCACAACUUCAGCAAAUGAGUGCAGCAAGGAAAAAAGGUUCUUCAAGUCAAACAAGUUCAGCUGCAUCUACACUGUGA